AUUUGUUCUGGCCGCUGUUACGAACCGGACGCUAUUUCAGACGCACAUCAAGUAAUAACAACAAAAACAUCGCGGGGCGCUUUUAGUUCAGUGUUUAAACGAUUUUUAUUAACACUGAUUUUCUGCUUGUGGUGGAGAUGGAAGACCAGGAGAUGCAGCUGAAAGUUAAGCGGGUAACGGAUAAGUUCACGGAGAGCAUGUACGUGCUGGCGAAUGAACCGUCGAUCGCGCUGUACCGCCUGCAGGAGCACGUCCGCAGAUCCCUGCCCGAGCUGGUGCAGCACAAGACCGACAUGCAGAGCUGGGAGGAACAGAGCCAGGGAGCGAUUUAUACAGUGGAGUAUGCGUGCAGUGCUGUCAAAAGCAUGACUAACAGCAGCCUGUACUUUAAAAACAUUGAUGGACUGCUGAAGCAAGCCAUCACGAUGAAGGAACAGAUCAGCAGUGCCCAAGGACGCAGUGGUGUAAAGCCUGCACCCAAUCACAAUGACCCACCAACACAUGCUUCUACCACUUCAUCUUGACCUGUGGAAAUCUUUUGCCAAGGAAAAGAGCUGUGGAUCCUGGUAUACUGAGGGAUGGCGGUGAGAAGCAGAGUUCUGGGAUAUGAAGUGCACCUGCAGCCCCACUGAAUGGACUUUGGGCCAGGGGUGAACCUCACUCCACUUUGAGUUUGAGUCUGUGGUUCCUCUUGAGUUUCAGUCCUCUGGCUCUUGGCACUGGGCUGGAAUGAAUGCGAGGGCUUUGCCAGGUCCUUACUUACAGUAUUUCAUCAAGGGUGUGAAGGAAGGGAUUGUUCUCUGCUGCGUAUAAAUACUUUCACAUAGUACUGAAAUACUGUAAUGUAAUACUAGCACUGCAUUGUGAUGCAUACUUUGGAACUAAUGUUUAUUCUGUAAUAAUGUUUUUGUUUUUUACUGAUUUAAAACGAAUGAGAUUGUAUGUGUGUAACGAUUUGAAUGAUCAUUAAAGUGACACUGAAACUGUU